AUGUGUCAAGACUAUACCGCCCUGAAUAAGGACUGUCCAAAGGAUAGCUUCCCAUUGCCGAGGAUCGACCAGCUCGUUGACGUAACCGCUGGACACGAGCUGCUCAGCUUCAUGGACGCCUAUUCAGGGUACAACCAGAUUUUCAUGGACCCUGCCGAUAGCGAGCAUACGGUAUUCAUCACCGACCGCGGGUUGUACUGUUACAAUGUCAUGCCUUUCGGCUUGAAGAAUGCGAGCGCAACGUAUCAAUGGCUCGUCAAUCGAAUUUUUGCUAAACACAUCGGUGACAUUAUGGAGGUGUAUGUCGACGACAUGUUGGUGAAAAACUGA